AUGGUCAUUUUCCGGUCACAUAGCAAGCUGUGCAUGAAAGGCAGCCCCGACCCGAUCGCCACAUUUGCCAAAGGGUCGAGCUCCCUUCUGACAAGCGGUAUCCGCCCUAUCCUCGUAGUCGAAAGCCAAGCGUUGGACAUGCUCGAUCUUGUUGUGCUCACUUGGCUCGAGGUCUCCAUCCUGUUCGACGCGUUCCAGAAGAGGGAGAUGGUCUCGAAUAUGCAGACUGAGUAUAUUCUGGGGCCUUACAGUGCUACGCGGGGGAUCGACUAUUGA